AUGACCCCCACACUCGACCACCACCCCAAGCUCGGCGACAACGAGAAGGGUGAUGUCCAACACAUUGAGCAAGAGAAGGUUCAGCAAACAAUCCUCCAGGAUGCCAUCGCUGCGGAGGAAGCAGAGGCCGCGAUGGGUCUGCGCGAGUCCCUCAGAACCUACCGGUGGGCGGUAAUCUGGUCCAUCGCCAUCUCCCUCGUGAUCGUGAUGGAUGGCUACGAUACCGGUCUUCUCUCUCAGGUCACUGGUCUCACUCCCUACCGCCAGAAGUAUGGCCACUAUUCCGGCAACCCCAAGACUGGCUACCAGCUUUCGCCGGCGUGGCAGACUGCCCUCACCGAAUCCAGUGUCAUUGGCAACUUCUUCGGUAUCUUCAUCAGCUCCUGGUUCCAGGAUCGGUACGGGUACAGGCGCACCAUUCAAAUCUUUCUGGUUCUUAUUACCGGUCUCAUCUUUAUUGUCUUCUACGCUCCCACUGUGGAGGUUCUAUUCGUCGGAAUGUUCCUUUGUGGUCUCCCAUGGGGAGCCUUCUCUAGUUCCGCUGUUGCGUAUGCGAGUGAGGUGACACCCAUCCACCUCCGCGGUUAUCUCACCACCUACAUCAAUCUCUGUUGGGUCGCCGGACAGUUCAUUGCCAGCGGCGUCCUUGUCUCGGUGUCGAGCCGGACCGACGAGUGGGCGUUCAAAAUCCCAUUCGCCGUCCAAUGGGUCUGGCCAAUUCCCCUGUUCAUCCUUGCAACUCUAGCGCCGGAGAGUCCCUUCUACCUGGUUCGCGCUGGACGGCUCGAAGAUGCGGAGCGGUCGGUUGCCAGGCUGGCAAAGCGUGGCGCAAAGACCCAGCCCGAGCAGAUCGUGGCCAUGAUGGUCCGCGUCACAAACCUCGAAAAGGAGCACCAGAGCGGAACCUCGUACUUUGAUUGCUUCAGGGGGACUGAUCUUCGUCGUACAGAGAUUGUCUGCAUCGCCUGGGCAUGCCAAAUUCUAUCUGGCACACAGUUUGCCAACCAGCCCACAUACUUCUUCCAACAAGCCGGUUUUAACACGGCCAACUCAUUCAACCUGGGUCUCGGAGUUAAAGCGCUUGCGUUUAUUGGUACAUGUGGCUCGUGGGUCACGAUGACCUUCUUCGGCCGCCGGACCAUCUUCCUUUGGGGUUUGGGUACGAUGACGUUGCUUUUACUCCUCGUCGGCGCCGUGGCCUUCCCGGCCGCAAACUCGCAAUCAGCAGCCUGGGGCCAAGCUGCUUUGAUAUUUGCAUGGGUGUUUGUCUACGACUUUACAACGGGACCUUUGGCAUACGCCAUUGUUGGUGAAGUGUCGUCGACUCGGCUGCGUGCCAAGAGUGUCGGCCUUGCCCGAAACGUGUACAACAUCACCAAGAUUGUUGCCGGUCUCCUGGCCACUUACCAGAUCAACCCGACGGCAUGGAACUGGAAGGGAAAGGCGGGGUUCUUCUGGGCGGGUUCGGCCGGUUUGGCCUUUGUCUGGGCCUACUUUCGGCUUCCAGAAACCAAAGGGCGGUCGUUCCGAGAGCUGGACAUUCUGUUUGAGCGACGCGUGCCCAGUCGCAAGUUCAAGGAGACUGUCAUCCAGGAGACGGACGAGCAUUAG